UCCGGUUUGCUUGAGCAGACGCACUCACACGCCACGUUGAAACUUCCAAAUUUACGCGAGUGCUGGGGUGGUAUUUAUCUCGUCCUGUGCCGAUCAGUCGUCAGUAUUUGCUCCAAAGAUGUCACCUGCUUCGUAUCUCACCCCGGCGCUUCUUGCUCUUGUCCAUGUUUUAGUAUGCUUCGCUGAUGAACUCAAAGUUGAUACCACUUUUAAACCGGAUGAAUGCGAAAGACUGUCGAAGAAAUAUGACCGACUCAAAAUGCACUACACUGGAACUUUAGCUUCGGACGGUUCAAAGUUUGAUUCAAGCCAUGACCGCAGUGAGCCUUUCGAGUUCCAGAUCGGUGUGGGUCAGGUGAUCAAGGGCUGGGAUGAGGGUCUAGUGGACAUGUGUGUAGGGGAGAAGAGGACACUCACAAUCCCAUCCGAUCUUGGAUAUGGUGAAACAGGCUCAGGUGAUAAGAUUCCUCCCGGAGCAACCCUGAAGUUUGAUGUUGAGAUGGUUGAUAUUCAAGAUGGCCAGGCCCCUCCUAAUGUCUUCAAGCAGAUUGAUAUCGAUGGUGACAACAAGCUGACACAGGAUGAGGUGUCUAGCUUUAUCAAGGACCAGAUGAAGGAUUCUGGAGCACCGUCAGAAGAUGACGUGGCUCACAACAACAUGGUCACCGAAAUUUUCAGUCAUGAAGACAAGGACAAAGAUGGAUAUAUUUCUCAUGAUGAAUUUAGCGGACCCAAACAUGACGAGUUAUAAGCUUUUAGUGCCUUAGGACAGUUUUAAUCAAUCUUAAAUUGUCUCAGUUUGUUGAAAUCAGGUUCUUACUGUCAGCUUUGUUUCAAACAGGACAACUGUUGUGUUGAAGAUGUUAUGUGGUAUUAGGUGUCUCUUAGUCAUGUAAAAAUGAGAGAUAGAAAUUUUACUAAUGUCAAUGUCACUGAAUGAUAAAUAGUUCAUUUAUCUAGUUUGGAUAUUUCAUUUUGAAAUGGAAAUUAUCAGAAAGAGCAACAUUUUUCUUUUCUUAAACUUUCAUUUAUUUGCAAAUUUCAUUGCUUUAUCAUAUUUGUCAUACAAAAGCAAAAGCUUUGACUAUUUUUGUAAAUAUGUCAUAAACCAUAUUUUAGUUCUCAAUUUGUCAUCAGUUCUAUUUAAGACUCCAACAAGAAGUCUCGUUUGUUAAGAAUACUCAAGACCAAAUAUUUUUAAAGAAUACAAAUCAAAACAGGCAACACUGUAUAUAACAUCACUUCAUUGAACGAUCACUCACCUUAAGCAACUGUCAUCAUGUCACUGUUACAGUUGGAGAAUGGCAACCAGAGUAUUUUCAUUUCAUCUAGUCAGUUCUUUAACAUUCUUAAAUACUUUUCAAAUACACCACCUACUUUCUUUCAGCUUUUGAUAGGAUCAGUGAUUCAGAGGUCAGUAUGUAAUAGGUCCAUGCUAUUUGCCCUGUUUGGUGAUCAUGUUUACAAAAUUGGUAAUGUUUCUUAAUACAGACAUUCCAUUCAGUGUUUGUAUACAUAUUUAUCAAAAUUGCUUUCUGUGUAAUUGAUUUGUGAAAAUCUCAAUCAAUGAUGAGAAAUAGCUGUGCAAUAGAUAUCAAAACUUGAGUUUGAUGCAGAAAAGCAAAUUGCUCAUUGUAACGAGAUCGAUGUGUGCCUGUUUCCGUCUACAUAUCAAAGGCCAGGAGAUUCAUUUGGCUAUCUGUUGUGUAUGCAACAUGGUUGUGUUUGAAAUUAUUUAUUUUAUGUCUUCCAAUCUUUGUCAAAAUACAUGUAUUUGUAAGUUAUGUAUCCGACAAUAAAAUGCUACAAAUUA